AUGGCGUCCAGUGAAAAUUUGCAGUCGCGGGGUAACAUGAAAAUUGAGAAAAUAUUGGAAUGUAUAUCGUUAAUUAAACAGUUGAAAGAAAACAAAUGUUGGGACAAAUGUCCAUUAUUUGUGCAAUUUAACAAAGUUAUUGAAACUGUUGAAAAUAAUAAAGCUGAUAUUAUUUCAUUAAAAAACGUUAUUAAAACUGCUGAUAUUAAUAAACCAGAAGUAAAUACAUUGAAAAAUAAACUAAAUUCUAAUGUUGUAAGUGACUACAGUACUGAAAUGACAAACAAGGAGGGACAAAAGAAAAAUGUCAGUAGUUCUCUGUGGUCAGACAUAGCAAAGAGAAACCAGCAACAACCCAACAAACAAACUGGAAAAAAGACAACUAUGAAAAUAAUUGGUAAAAAAGUUUCAAAUGAUUGCAAACUGAAGGCAGAUAAAAUCUUAAUGAAAAAGUCUGUGUUCUGUUUAAGCAAUGUCAGCAAGUGCCACAGAAAUGAUGUGAUGGCCUACCUAACCGACAAUGCUUCUACAGCCGACGUCAAUAACAAUAAUAGUCAAACUGAGAAUAAAAAAACAGAUGAAGAAGAAUCCAGUACGUUUAGAGUUUGCAUCGAUAGCUCUGAUUCUAAGAAAAUGAAAGACCCUGACAUAAUGCCUCAGCCCAUUAUAGUACGCGAGUGGCAAUUCAAUAAGAAACCAGAAACAAUUGUCGAUCAAACAAAUAAGAUGGAUAACAUGUUGAUAAUGAUGAGGACAGCAGUGAUGAUGAAGAAAAAGACAAUUUAA